CCGAACAUGACUAGGUGUUGUCCUUAUAAUAAGCAAGAAAAGUCCUCAUGAAGUCUGGAUCCGGCCGGAUCUGCAGGCCGGAAACAUCGUCCUGGGAUGAUUUUGUGUAUAGAAGAUUGUUAUUUUGCAUUUGCGUGCAUUAUUUAUUGUGUGUUCAGAUGUUCUGAUGGUCUUGAAUAUGGUAUUUGAUGGGUUAUCAACAGUGGGAACCGAUCGGAUUGCGUUACUAAGGUUAAUGUUGGUUGCCGAAAGUGGUUUCUGAUCGGUUCCUUUCCGGUAGCUUCCGGUCGGAUGUCGACAGUAGGAUCCGAUAGGACUGCCAAUACCAGGGAUUCCGUCACAUUUCCGCAACCGGUUUUCCGGGUAAAUCCGAUAGGAUCCGGCCGAAUUUCGUAGGAAUCCGAUAGGAUCCGAGACGAAACCUAUCAGAUCCAACUAUCAGAUUGCUCGACCUGGGUAGAUAAUUAAAAUCUCUAUUUAGCGAGAUGAGAACCAAAAUUUAAAAUACUUUUCAAAUCCGUCGAAAAUAGAAAAUAGAGUAGGUCAUUAAUCAUGGGGCAUCCAUUAUAAUUGUAUAAAUCUUUAAAAGUCAAACACCUCCACUAAGAAUACUUUGAGCUAAAUGCUAGAAAAAAGCACUUUUAAACCUUAUAUAUAAAAGUCAAUAUUUUCUCAAACUAAGAUGGCCUGAAAGAUCACAGAGUGGAAAAAGAAUCACUCGUAUGUGACUGUAUGACAGUAUCAAAGAGUUUUCAAAUUCAUGAGUUGUCGAAAAUCAUUUUAUAUUUUGAAAAUUUCAUCUGCUCGUAGACACGAUUUGAAUUUUUGUUAUUUCGAUUGACAUCACUAAGUAUAACGUCAAAUUGUUGGAUGAAAUCGUUCUAAUUUAUACAUAUAUAAUGUUUAUUGACAAGUCAAUUACUGUUAAUGAAUGGGUAAUGGAAUUAGAUUCAAUGUACUCAACCUUAUCAACAUCAAAAAGAAAUAAAAUGGUACAUUACGUGAUAUAUGAUUGUUUUGCAGCAACAUAUUUAAUUCGACCUGUUACAUUAUAUUGGACAUUUCAACAGGCAAAAAAAAAUUAAUAUUCUUGAUUCAUUUCAGGCAUUGCCAUCAUCAUCACGAGCGAAUAACAACCCAACAAAUACAAAUAUUAAUCAACAAAUAAUUAAGAAUAUUAAUGAUGAUAUUGAAUUAAUCUCCGAUGAUGAUGAUGAAAUAACAGUUAAUCAAUGUAUUAAAAUUACUAUUAAUAAUGAUAUGUUAUAUGAAGAAAUUUCAAAUGAUAAUAAUGAAUUAAAUAAAACAUUGUCACUAAAUCAUAAUGAAUCAUUAUAUGAAGCAAUAUCAGAUGAUGAUAAUGAACCAAAUCCAGCAUUAUCACCAAAUGAUAAUGAUUUACAUGUCAACAACCAUGAUAUGGUUGAUAGUGUCAGCGAUUAUGAACAACAAUAA